GAGGGAGCCCAGCCUUUAAAAGACCACACGGCCCUGAGUCCAGCACUUUCAGCCAUGGAGAGAACCUCGGUGCCCAUGGAGAAGACCACGGUGCUGAUCACCGGCUGCUCCUCGGGCAUCGGGCUGGGGCUGGCGGUGCGCUUGGCAGCCGACGCCACCCGCAGGUUCAAAGUGUUCGCCACUAUGCGUGACCUGGCCAAGGGUGAGCAGCUGCUGGAGCGCCUGGGGGGCCGCUGCCCCGACACGCUGGAGCUGCUGCAGCUGGACGUCACUGACCCGCACUCGCUGGCUGCGGCCGUGCGCUGCAUGCGGGGGCAGCACCCAGACGUGUUGGGUACGGCGUCUCCUCUGGGGCACAGCCGGGAGCGGGUGCCAAUAUGGGGAUGGGCCUGGAUGGCCCUGCAGCCCUGGGGAUGGGCGUGCUGGGGCACAGAGAGAAGGAUCAGGGCUGGGUUCCCACAUCCCCGUAUCCAAACAGUGCUGGGGUUAUGCGACACCUGCUCACCGGCACCGUACCCCACAGUGUGCAACGCGGGGGUGGGCUUGAUGGCCCCCCUGGAGAUGUGCUCAGAGCAGGCCAUGAGAGCAGUGUUCGAGGUGAACGUCUUCGGCACCGCACGCACCAUUCAGGCCUUCCUGCCCGCCAUGAAGCGCCGGCGCGCCGGGCGCAUCCUCGUGUCCAGCAGCAUCGGGGGGCUGCAAGGGGUGCCCUUCAAUGCCGUGUACUGCGCCAGCAAGUUCGCGCUGGAGGGGCUGUGUGAGAGCCUGGCCAUCGUUCUGCGGCCCUUCAACAUCCACAUGACGCUGGUGGAGUGCGGCCCGGUGCACACCGCCUUCAUGGACAACGCACGGCGCGCCGACCCCGAGGGCCACGAGCUGCGGGCGCUGGACGCUGAGACACAGCAGCUGUACCGCCGCUACCUGCAGCACUGCGCGCAGCUGUUCCUCGACGCCGCCCAGGAGGUGGACGAGGUCUUGCAGGUGUUCCUGGAGGCAAUCGCCGCCCCGCGACCGCCGCUGCGCUGCAUCACCGCGCGGCUCCCGGCCCCGCUGGCGCGGCUGAGGCCGGGCGGUCCCGACGGCGCCGACUACGUGCGGGCCAUGCACGACUUCGUCUUCGGCCCCGGUGAAGCCGCCGAGGAGCAGCCGUGAGCUCCCGGCCCCGGGACGGCC